UUCUUGAUUCAGCAACAUUCCACAAUCAAAUCUCGAAGUAGUCGUGAUGCCUUAUGUGAAAUCGUCAGUGCAUUAGCGAGUUGCCAGCAAGCCGGAGGUCGAGUCGCUCAGUUGCUCUGUUAUGUGCUAGAUUUGAAUUCAUGGGAUGAACGAAAAGUGGAUGAGCCAGAUCAUGAACGUCGUCAUAUAGCCUAUAAUCAACUGUCUCAAAUAUGGGAUUCCGGUGAAGUGAUCAACGUUNCUAUUCUACAAAUGAUUGUGCACAAUCAUUACUUCACAAUCACCGAGGUGAGCAAAUGA